AUGUCUUCUCUCAACAGAAAUGGAGGACAAGAGCCCUCUAGAGCCUUGCGGAUUGAAAGCACCACUUGGAGCCGGGACAGCCACGGGUUGUUUGACUACGAAGCUCGGCAUGUAAAUAUAAAAAGGUUUUUGGUUUCAGCAGCAGCAAAACUUUACAGAAGAGGUCCCGAAGUUAUUUGUUUGCCGGAAGCAGCUCCGCUUCCUGCUGCAGUUCCUGCAGCAGCAGCAGCAGCAGCAGCGCAGCAGCCCGCAGCUGCAGCAGCGGCGCAGCAGCAGCCCGCAGCUGUCGCGGGGGACGCCCUCUUUCCUGCUGCUGCUGCAGUGCCCCCCGCUGGAGCUGCUGCAGCAGCAGCUGCUGCUGCUGCGGCCGCCCAGCAGCCUGCUGCAGCAGCAGCUGCAGCGCCAAAUGCCGAUGGCGAUAGGCCCCAAGCAGCAGAUGCUGCAGCAGCAGCAGGAGCCCCGCCGGGAGACCAGCAGCAGCAGCAGCAGCAGCAGCAGCAGCAGGAGGCCCCUCCAACCACUGACUUCUUGCUCUCCAUCCGAUGCUCUCGUGACGGGCGCUUCGUGGUGAUGCCGGCGGAGCGUUCGGGGCCCUCGGGUGUCUGUACACCGCAGAAGCUGUGGUCCAUAGUGCGGGACGAAAAUAACAACAAACACAUUUUGCAAGAAAAUGAUAUAAUUAAACUUGGAAGAUAUAAAUUAAAAGUGAAACAAAUAGUGACGCAAACCCUCAAAAGAGAGGAUUCCCAAAACCCUAAUUCGGAGAUUCCCCCGCUCAAGCUCGACGACGGAGAACCGCCCCUUUCCUUCGUCGCCUCCAACGACAUGCAGUGCCGGAUUUGCCUGCUGGAGGGGAACCAAGAAGGGGACCCUUUGAUAUCUCCUUGCGACUGCAAAGGGUCAAUUAGAUUUGUUCAUUUGAGUUGCAUUAGACAUUGGAUUUCUGGAAGAUUAAACAUUCAGCAGCAGGAGCAGCAGCAGCAGCAGCAGCAGCAGCAGCAGCAAAAGCCCCUCUUCGUCAAACAGCUCCUCUGCGAACUCUGCAAGUUCCCCUACCCCGCGGCCAUCAACUACAACAACGAACGCAUUCAAGUGGUGACAGUGCCGCGGACAGAACCUCCUUUUUUGGUUUUAGAAAAUAUGGUGGGCUCUCAUCAAAAGGGAAUUCACGUCAUCAGCAUGAGUGCCAAAAAAGACCUCAAACUCGGUUUGGGGAUUGGGGUUUGGCGCUUUGCUGCAGCCGAAGUUGGUGAUCGCCCCAGUGGACAGCAGGGAACAGCAGAUGCAGAGCAGCAGGACCAACAACAGCAACAGCAACAGCAGCAGCAACAGCAGCAGCAGCAGCAGCAACAGCAACAGCAGCAACAACAGCUGCAGCAGGAACAAGAGCGACAACAACAGCAACAGCAGCAGCAGCAACCGCAGCAGCAGCAGCAGCGAGAGCAGCAGCAGCAGCUACAGCAGCAGCUGCAGCAGCAGCAACAGCAGCAACAGCAGCAGCAACUACAACAGCAGCAGCCGCCGCAGCAGCAGCGCCAGCAGCAGCAGCAGCAACAGCAGCAGCAGCAGCAGGAAAGGGCGGAGCAAGAGGAUGAUGAGGAGACUCGGAGUAGCGAGCAGCGUGAGCUGCAGCAGCAGCGCUUCCAGCAGCAGCAGCAGCAGCAGCAGUUUGAGCAGCAGCUUUCUCAGCAGCGCCUGCAGCAGCAGCAGCAGCAGCAGGAAGAGGCAAGCAUUGCGGUGCAGCAAGACCUGUUUAGCUUCGAGCAGCAGCCGCGGGAUCUGCUGCAGCAGCAAAUGCAAAGAGAAGCAGCAGCAUGGAUGCUGCAGCACUAUGUACAUGCAGCAGCAGCAGCAAGGCAAGACGGCGCCGGCAGCAGCAGCAGCAGCGGCAGCAGCAGCAGCAGCAGCCAGGCCUCGCGCUUUCCCCUCAUUCCGUUUCCGUCAGAGGCAGCAGCAGCAAACGCAGCGGCAGCAGCAACAGCAGCAGCAACAGCAGCGUCGUUUCGCAGCCUAGGGGACCAGCAGCAGAUGCAGCAGCAGCUGCAGCUGCAGCAACAGCAGCAGCAGCUGCAGCAACAUGCAUGCAUUUCUUCUCUUGUCCAUAAUGGAGGCAGCGGCGGGGUCCGAGUCGAUAUGUUUGCUGCUGCUUCUCAAGCUGCUGCCGCUGCUGCUGCUGCUGCUGCUGCUGAGGGCGACCGGAAGAGCGCAGCAGCCGCUGCAGCAGCAGCAGCAGCAGCAGCACCUAGCGUCGCUGCAGCAGCAGCAGCAAACGUGUGGGGACAAAGAAGAGACAAUGAAGAGAUCGUUUGGAGAGAGACAGAUAUGGAAGUAGAAGCAGCAAGAAGCUCAAGGGGGAUUUAA